GUAAAGUUGAAAUACACGGAAAGGUGAUAGAGGUGGACUACUCUGUUCCCAAAAAACUAAGGAGUCGGAAGAUCCAGAUCCGGAACAUUCCCCCUCAUCUACAGUGGGAGGUUUUGGACGGGCUUCUAGCUCAGUAUGGUACUGUAGAGAAUGUGGAACAAGUGAACACUGACACAGAAACAGCCGUGGUGAAUGUUACAUACGCAACCAAGGAGGAAGCUAAAGUAGCCAUUGAGAAGCUCACAGGACACCAGUUYGACGACUACUCCUUCAAGGUGUCGUACAUCAUGGACAUGGAUGCUGCUCCACCCAUCCAGGCUCCCCGAACGCGACGCGGGGGUCGAGCUUCUCGGGACCAGGGCGCCCCUCAACCCGGACCGUCGGGAGGUUUUGGUUCUCCACGCCUCAGACAGCCUGACUUCCCCCUGCGUAUGCUCGUGCCCACUCAGUUUGUGGGAGCCAUCAUCGGGAAGGAAGGACUCACCAUCAAGAAUGUCACCAAACAGACUCAGUCCAAGGUGGACAUUCACCGGAAGGAAAAUGCAGGGGCAGCAGAAAAACCCAUCACCAUCCACUCAAACCCCGAGGGCUGCUCCUCCGCCUGUCGUAUGAUCCUGGACAUCAUGAGGAAGGAGGCCAACGAGACCAAGAUGACGGAGGACAUCCCUCUGAAAAUCCUCGCCCACAACAGCCUCGUGGGUCGGCUGAUCGGGAAGGAGGGCCGCAACCUGAAGAAGAUCGAAGAGGAGACAGGGACCAAGAUAACCAUCUCCUCGUUACAAGAUUUAACCAUUUACAACCCUGAGAGGACCAUCACAGUGAAGGGAAGCCUGGAGGCCUGCUGCAAAGCCGAGGUGGAGAUCAUGAAGAAGCUGAGGGAGGCGUACGAGAACGACAUCGCUGCUAUCAAUCAACAGGCCAACUUGAUCCCAGGUUUGGGCAUCUUCUCCUCUGGUCUGCAGGUGCUACCCACUGCUGCUGGACCACGUGRUGCAGUGCCCCCUGUGGUACCAGCAGGAUACAACCCUUUCUUAGGUCACUCUUCACAUCUCGGCGGCCUGUACGGGGUCCCUUCAGCAAGUGCCAUGUCCCACCAGCACUCACAACAGGCUCCAGAACAGGAGGUUGUCUACCUCUUUAUUCCAACUCAGGCAGUCGGGGCCCUGAUAGGCAAGAAGGGUCAGCACAUCAAACAACUCGCCCACUUCGCCGGUGCUUCCAUCAAGAUUGCCCCAGCUGAGAGCCCAGAUGUUACUGAGAGGAUGGUCAUCAUUACUGGAACUCCAGAGGCACAGUUCAAGGCACAAGGCCGGAUAUUUGGGAAACUGAAAGAGGAGAACUUCUUCUCAGGAAAGGAGGAGGUCAAACUGGAGACGCACAUCAAGGUUCCCUCCACUGCAGCCGGCAGGGUCAUCGGCAAAGGUGGCAAGACGGUAAACGAGCUGCAGAACCUGACGAGCGCAGAGGUCAUUGUACCGCGGGACCAAAUUCCUGACGAGAACGACGAGGUCUUUGUGAAAAUCAGCGGGCAUUUCUUUGCCAGUCAGACGGCACAGAGGAAGAUCCGGGAGAUCAUUCAGCAGGUCAAACAGCAGGAACAGAAGCACCAGCAGGGCGCCGCCGUGUCACCGCAUCACUCCAAGUGACCUGCGACGUGGCUCCAGCGGGGCACCAGCCAAUGAAUGUAGCCCUCCCAAAUGGACAGAGACCUACCCAGACUAAGGCCAAGGCCACGGAGGACACACAGGGCUGACCAGCAGCACCGGGAUCAAAACCAAAGAGCUUCGCUGAAGGGGGGAAACAAGUGAGAGCCAAAGGCUGAGGGCGUCGUGUGCACUGCCAGCCCUGCAAGAGCAGACAGAGCAGGAGGAACCCUUCUGAUAGAAUAAAAUGAAAAAAGACCAAAAAAAUAAUAAUAAUAACAAGGAAGGUGGAUAUGAUUUAAAAUUUGGAAACUGUUGACUUAUCAGUUUAAAAACAAGAAAUAUGUCGCCCUGCGUAAUGUUAUCUCUUUAGUUGGACUAACAUAGGCCUAACAGACGGAUCAAACAAAUAAAACAAACGUCUAUUAA